GUUAAGAAGCCUCAGUCUUCUCCACAAGACGGUCCCUUCCCCGGGCCGGCUGCACCGACACUCAAAUGGAGCACAACUCCUCCGGCCCGGGGAACUUUUCCAACCUGGACCUUCGGGGCUACAGCACGGAGGAAUUAAUUAUCACGGCAACGUUUGGCACCAUCCUGUCUCUGAUGUAUGUGGCUGGAAUGGUGGGGAAUGUGUACACCUUGGUGGUCAUGUGUCACUCCAUGAGAUAUGCUGCAUCUAUGUACAUCUCCAUUAUUAACCUGGCCCUGGCUGACCUCCUUUACCUCUCCAGCAUCCCGUUCAUCGUCUGCACCUCUUUUGUCAAAGACUGGUACUUUGGGGACAUAGGGUGCCGGAUAUUGCUCAGUUUGGACCUCUUCACCAUGCACGCCAGCAUAUUCACCCUUACCGUCAUGUGUACCGAAAGGUACAUGGCCGUCACCAAACCUCUGGACACGGUCAGAAGGUCCAAGGGCUACCGAAAGUCCAUGGCCAUUGCCGUGUGGCUGCUGUCUCUUCUUCUCACCUUGCCAAUGAUGAUCAUGAUGACCCUAAAAGAAGUGGAAGGGAAAGGGGUGAAAAGAAUGUGCGCCCCAACUUGGAGUGAGGAUGCCUACAGAACUUACUUGACGGUACUCUUCAGCACGAGCAUCAUGGCACCGGGCAUGAUCAUUGGGUACCUAUACACCAGGUUGGCCAGGACUUAUCUUGAAUCCCAGAGGAACCCCAUCAAUAAGAAAGAGAACAAGAGGUCACCAAAACAGAAGGUGCUAAUUAUGAUCUUCAGCAUUGUCCUCGUCUUCUGGGCUUGCUUCUUGCCUUUCUGGAUCUGGCAGCUAAUACGACUUUACGACAUGUCCCCUCCGCUCUCCUCUCAAACCCAAAAGUGCAUUAACUACCUGGUCACCUGCUUGACCUACAGCAACAGCUGCAUUAACCCUUUCCUGUACACCCUGCUCACCAAGAACUACAGGGAAUACCUGAAAAACAGGCACAAGAAGUUCUACAGGUUCACCUCCUCCUUCAAGAAGAGAGGCUCUAACCUGCAGUGUUCUUCAUGGGGUCGUUCAAUGUCCUCCAGCAACCAGUACGACUAUGUUUCAGAGUCUAUCGGCAUGACAUGUGUCAGGGACAUCAAGUGAUAGGCGCUUGUCUCAGGUUCAGCACUGGCUGCAGGUUCACUGCAGGGGGACCUCUGACUCUGGAAACCCACAAUUUUUCUACAGUGAAAGAAGAAGCCGUCUCUGCUACCAGGGAAACUCACUCACUACCUCAUUUCAGGACAAUGGGAAGGAAAUGAAACGCGUUGAGUCUGGAAUAUGGAAAAAAAAAUGGAGUCAAGAGGAAUUCUUCGCAAUUUGGGUGUCAAUCAAAAGGUGUAAGCCCGAAUGUAAGGAUAGGAGUCAUAAAGUAUCAAUCCCACCAACCACAGACAGAUACUGAAUGUAACAAUGCCGGUAUAUACUGAGGGAAAAACAGCAACAGAUUACAGUAUAUAAAGGUGUAUCUACAAGAAACGAACAGUACUCAAGGACAGACGUAAAACGUUACGAAAAUAAUGAGGAAAGAAUAAACUGAAGAUAAUAAAGAGCAAUUCCAGUCGCAAGAACAUUACUAUAAUAUGGCAAAAGAUGAGGGUCAGCUGCAGAUCACCAUAGCCUUGAGGGAAGUGCGUCACGGACAGUAAGCAGAAAAAUGGUGGAAACAAGUCCAGCACGACUUCUUUCUGAAUCAAAUGGAAUAUUUUAUUGAGAUCGUCUAAAACUGCGUACAUGCAAAAGCAGAAAUUUUAUGAAUCAUUUCAUAAGAUCGCAAAGGCUCAAAACGCAUCACAAGUUUUUUGCUUCUGUACACAGACAGCUUUAGAGGAAUUCAAUAAAAUAUUCCAUUUGAUUCAGAAGAAAGUUGUGCUGGACUUGUUUCCACCAUUUUUCUACUAUAAUACUGCCUCCUGUGUACAAAAAUUAAAUACUAUAAUACUUCCUCCUAUGUAUAAGAAUAUAACUCCUAUAACACUGCUCCUAUGUAAAAGAAUAUAUCU